AUGGCUCAGGAACAAGCUUCCAUUUCGGGGUCGGACCUGGAAGGACAGGAGCCUCUACAGGUCGAUAACGACUUCGAGAACGACUCUGCCUAUGCUGCCUCUGAGAGAUCUGCCAGCUUCCUCUCCUCGCUCAACUCCAGUAUUUUGCACUACAAAUACGAGAACGGCCGCCGUUAUCAUGCAUUCCGAGAGGGUGCAUAUUUAGUGCCCAACGACGAGGAGGAGCAGGACCGCAUGGACUUGGCGCAUCACAUCUACCGUCUACUCAUCGGAGGAGAGCUCUUUCUCGCGCCCAUCGGCAAAAACCCGCAGCGCGUCCUUGACCUAGGCACCGGUACCGGCAUCUGGGCCAUGGAUUUCGCAGACCAAUACCCCUCUGCAGAAGUCAUCGGCACUGAUCUGAGCCCCAUCCAGCCCAAGUGGACACCGCCCAACUGCACAUUCGAGGUGGAUGAUUUCGAACAGGACUGGGUCUACCGCAACAAGUUCGACUACAUUCACGCCCGUGAGCUGGGCGGAUGCGUCGCCGAUGACGGUCAGCUCUUCCGCCGAGCCUUCGAGCAUCUAGCCCCCGGCGGCUACUUGGAGAUGCAGCUUGUUUACCCGCGCUUCCUCUCCGACGACGACACGGCCAAGCUGGCAACGGACGCUCAGUUCUGGAUGACCAACAUCUGCGAGGGUGCGGGAAAGUUCGGUAAGCCCCUCGAUUCGGCACCACAGUUGCCGGACAAGAUGAGGGCCGCUGGAUUCGUUGACGUCCAGCAGGAGACUCGCAAGGUUUGUCCUCCCCAAUUUACCCACAUCCCCUUUGGCAGCUGGCCGAAAGACCCGACACUCAAGGAGAUCGGCAAGCACGCCAUCAUCCAGGAGCAGCAAGUCAUCGAUUCGUACACGCCCGGCAUCUUCUCCCGCGUGCUUGGCUGGGAAGAGGCGGAGAUCCAGAUCCUUAUCGCCAAGGUGAAGAACGACCUCAGGAACCCGGCCAACCAUCUAUAUGUUCCCGCUUACUUCAUAUGGGGCAAGAAGCCCGAGGCGUGA